AUGCCCAACACCGCAGGGUUCAAUGCCACUGAAGUCGCAGGCUCCAUGGGGUUGAUCCUGGCGGCUGUCCUGGAAGCAGUGGUCCUGCUGGGCAACGGCGCGUUGCUGGUCGUGGUGCUGCGCACGCCAGGGCUGCGCGACGCGCUCUACCUGAUGCACUUGUGCAUUGUGGACCUGCUGGCGGCCGCCUCCAUCAUGCCGCUGGGCCUGCUGGCCGCGCCGCCGCCCGGGCUGGGCCACGUGCGCCUGGGCCCCGUGCUCUGCGGCGCGUCGCGCUUCCUCUCCGCCGCGCUGCUGCCCGCCUGCACGCUCGGUGUGGCCGCGCUGGCGCUCGCGCGCUGCCGCCUCAUAGUGCACCCGCUGCGGCCCGGCGCGCGGCCGCCGCCCUCCCUGGUGCUCACGGCCGUCUGGGCCGCGGCGGCGCUGCUGGGCGCUCUCUCCCUGCUUGGGCCGCCGCCCGCACCGCCCCCGGCCCCGGCCCGCUGCUCCGUGCUGGCCGGCGGCCUGGGGCCCUUCCGGCCGCUCUGGGCGCUGCUGGCCUUCGCGCUGCCCGCCCUCCUGCUGCUCGCCGCUUACGGCAGCAUCUUCCUGGUGGCGCGCCGCGCUGCCCUGCGGCCCCCGCUGCCCGCGCGCGGGGCCCGGCUGCGCUCUGACUCCCUGGAUAGCCGCCUCUCCAUCCUACCCGCCCUCCGGCCUCGUCUGCCUGGGGGCAAAGCAGCCCUGGCCCCCGCGCUGGCCGUGGGCCAGUUCGCAGCCUGUUGGCUGCCCUACUGCUGCGCCUGCCUGGCGCCCGCUGCGCAAGCCGCGAAGGCCGAGGCGGCCGUCACCUGGGUAGCCUACUCGGCCUUCGCGGCUCACCCCUUCCUGUACGGCCUGCUGCAGCGCCCCGUGCGCCGGGCGCUGGGCCGCCUUGCUCGCCGAACGCUGCCUCGGCCCCCGCGGGCCUGCGCUCUGCGCUCCUGGCCCCCGCGGGCUCUCCUGCAGCACCUCCAGGGACCUCCAGAGGGCCCUGCCCUCGGUCCUUCGGAGGCACCAUCACAAGACCCGGGUUUGGCAGGAGGCGAGAUCCUCAGCAUGCCAAAGGCCACCUGA